AUGGCUUGUAUAAAGGCUGAAAUGAAUAUGUCUUUCGUUGGGGUCGACUUCAAUAGUUCGUUGAAUUCCUUUACAGCCUCGAGUAGGUACGUCAAAAAGGUGAUUCGUAUCACCAUUCUCAACAUACUUUACCGGCGUCUGCAGAUGGAAGAAUCAAACUUCUUAAAAAAAGAUUUCUACGGCAUAUCGUACCGGAUGCAAAAGAAAAACUGCAGAGAUCAGAUCAUCAGGAGUUACACAAUGGCGAUGCAGGAAAUAUACAAUGCCGUUGACAAAAAAUACCUUAAAAAUGUGUAUUUAUUGAUGAAGGAUCCCAAAAAUAAUGACGUAAAGGAGAUAUACAACUGGUCUGUAAAGUACAUCCUGACCAAUAAAAAGGAGCAGGAGGAUCCGAGUGUCUUCAAAAAGAUGGUGACGAAGGGCAUAUUACAAUUCUUGGCGACUAUGAGGGAGUUGCCCAAAUUGGACAAGAAUAUUAUUCCUUACUUUGAGUUCUCUUACAAUAACAGUGCUCCAGAUGAUUACGUGCCCGUACACUGUAAGAAAUCGGACAAUACACUGUGUCAUUUGUACAACACUGGCAGCAAGUUACCAUAUAUGACCCUUAGAACUGGCUAUCAUUAUGUUAAAGACAGUAUAUGCGAGAAACUAAAUGUGAACACGGAAAUCCCGCAGCCAUUACACAGGAAAUCCUUUGAUUUGUUCUUUAACAAGUUUUCAUCUCCGCACAAAUCGUUAAUCAAAGACGACAAAUCUGCCAGUAACGUUUUCCCAAUGGACAUGGACGAAAUGCCCAAUUUAACACCGCAAAUGAAUUGCGUCUGUGGCCUGAACGACGCAAAUUUAGAAGCCGAUGUGUUAACCUGCAUCAAAUGCAAGAAUCGUAGCCAUUUGUCCUGUAAUGGGUGUCUGGACGAGCCUAUCGACGGUUACAAUUGUUUCUUUUGUAACCCGAACCAGGAUCAAAUCUUGUUCUGCUUGCGGGAGGGCGAGACACAGCACAUGGCUCGUAUUCGCCUCUGUCUUGUCUCCAUGAGUAGAAACAAGAGAUUGCCGGAAGAGAUGCUCGAGCUUUUUGGGGAGGAUGAUCGCCAGAAAAUUAUGAAUGAAUUCAAAGAUCUCAACAUUAUCGUGGAGGACAAUUCCGGACGGUAG